UCGACAGGUUUCUGCACCUGUUCGCACCAGGUGACAUUAAGUUUGUUAUACGAAUUGUUUAAUGGCUGAAAGUGGACCAAUAAUUCGCCACGGAGACCUUGCUGGUGAUAGAUGGCUACUUUUAGAAAUGUGUUAUUCAGCAGGCUGAAUCCACCGUUGUCAAAAGGGUAGUUCCUCUACCUGUUUUCCGGUUUAACAGGUUUCGUCACUGUGCCACAAGAUAGCCAGCCUGUAAUUAAUAAGCUUUGUCAUGACAUUAAAUUUGAAGUUAGUCCUCACCAAGAAUUUGGCCUUAUGUCUGAAAAUCUUGACAAUCCUUGUAGGCACGGGGUCAACGUACAACCAUUUUUGGUGUAUGUUGAUUCGGCCAGCUUUGGAGUUCCGGUCAGUUGUCUUAUGUCUACAAAGCAUUGCUUUAUGUUUUUUAAAAGUUGUUUUGUCGACCAUUUAGUACACAGCAAGUAGUUCGAUACAUUAAACUGUGGACAAUGAACGUCCGAUGUUUACAGCCGUGCCAGGAUGUUUUCUCCGGCAAUCCUUUGAAAUCCUCAAGUCUGACAAUUGGAGGAAGACUACGUCAGUGGCACGCGGGUUCAGAAGUUUGGUUCGUUCCGAUCAGACGGACUGGAGAGACAAAGCAAGGAAACCGUUUGCCACACUUUAGAAAUCGCUUCCGCGCGUUAUAUCAACAAAACAGCCGUAGCAAACUCCUCUCCCUCUCCUCGUUCCACGGACCUGAUAAUAUACCGCCGGGCCUCAGAGAUUGAGAAUGGGGCAGGAUGGGUUGUUUGCUCCGGUGAUGCGCUUCCUGCUCCUGUUCAGCCGGCAGGGGAAGCUGCGGCUGCAGAAGUGGUUCACGCCGCUGCCCGAGCGCGAGAAGAAGAAGAUCGUGCGCGACAUGACCACCCUGGUGCUCUCCCGCAAGCCUCGCACCUGCAACUUCCUGCACUGGAGGGACCUGAAGGUGGUCUACAAGAGGUAUGCUAGCCUCUACUUCUGCACUGCUCUGGAAGGUGAGGACAAUGAGCUUCUGGCCCUGGAGGUCCUGCACCGCUACGUGGAGCUGCUGGACAGAUACUUUGGCAAUGUGUGCGAGCUGGACAUCAUUUUUAAUUUCGAGAAGGCCUACUUCAUCCUGGAUGAGUUCCUCAUGGGCGGCGAGGUACAGGAGACCUCCAAGCAGUCCGUGGGCCAGUCCAUCGAGGCGUCAGACAUGCUGCAGGAGACAAUGGAGGAGUACAUGAGCAAGCCGGCCUUUUGAGUGGGGAGAGGGAGGAGCAGCGCGUCACCACCGAAGGGCCACUGGACUGAAGCGGGGAAAUCGACCAAAAUGGAGCUCCUCGCAUCUUAAGGAAAAGAGACACGUGAAAGCGAAAUCCCGGUGUCUUGCUGUAGAUAACAGAAUGUUGUUACCGCGAGCUUCGCCCUAUAUUUUGUUUUGGCUUGAGUUUUUUUUUUUUUUUUUAACACGUAAAGGCUGAUUCAGAUUUAGAUUUUUUUUUUUUAAAGUUAUCAGGCUUCGUCACAAUCGCCGUGAGUCGGUUUUGAUCCCUCGGUGUUAACCGAUUUUUUUAGAAAGUCUGCCGACUGCUGCUGUCAUCUCAGACCUUAAAGGUCAAAGGUCAGAUCCGGUUCACACGAGAGGACCCGCUCAGCUAACCCAAGGGGUCGUUUUAAUUUGUUAAAUGUAGUUUUUAAGGUCGAUCUUGUAGUCUUUAAUCGUUUUUGUUUCCCUUUCAAAAACAGUCAGCUGCUCCGAAUGGGUUUAAGAUGACAAUCAGGUUCAGGAGAGUGGGCCCAGUCGUUCAGAAAUGUAUUGGUAUGUUUUCUGUAAAUAUUUGUUCGUUCUCGUCUGGUUUAAUCACCGGAAAAUUAAUUUCUGUCGGCCUCUCUGCCCAAGUACGCGCCUGGCAAGUGCUGUGGGUAACCAUACGAGUAGUUACAGGUAAUAUCGAUUAUUAUAGUCUUUGUCGAUAUCAUUAUCACCAUUGAUAUCCGAGUCAUGACGCGUGUACUUUCCAACUGUCGGUUUGUGAAUUUUUUUAAUCAACCUCAAUUUUUCAAUAAAGCAUUUUGCUAGUUUUUUUUUUU